UUGGUAAUUCUUGAUCGAUUGAGAGAAAUCGGACUGGUUUCGCCUUUGGCUUUGCUUUUGGGGUUCGAGUUCGUCUGGGAUCUUUUGUUAAUCCGAAGAAAUUGUUCAUGGAGAGGGUGUUUUGGUCUCGAUUUGGUUUUUAGGUUUUUUCCCCCUUCUCCUUGGCCUGGCCGUUCUAUUUUGCUGCCUGCGGGCGGUGGCAUUGAUUGUGUCUUGUGCAUUAGGGUUAGAUCAGGGUUGGGAUUUGGGAAAAUUCUUGGGUGGAAUUUGGGUUAUAUGUAUGUGGGGGUCGAUCGGAUUCUAGUUGGGGGAGUUCGUCAUGUAGAUCGUUGUUCUUGGCGUUAUAGAUGUGACGGGAUCAGUCUCGAUUGAUUUUGCUCACGAUUUAUUUUAUAGGGGAAGUGCUUGUGACACACAUGUGAUCGAUGAUGACUAUACCAAUAAAUAACUCAUCUGCUCCCUCGUUACGGGAGCGUGUACAAAGUCUUUACAAUAAGAAUAUUGAAUUGGAGAAUCGAUUGAGGAAGUCAGCAAAGUUGAAAGCUCCUUCAGAUCUCAAUGCAUGGCUUCAAAUGCGUGAAAACUGUGAGGCCAUAAUUCUUCAAGAUCAUGAAUUCUCUGAAAAGCAUGAGAUAGAGCAUGUUUUAUGGCAAUUACACCACAGGAGGAUUGAGGAGUUCCGAGCACACAUUAAUAAUGCAGCAUUGAGAGGUGGAGUAAGCACAUUGCAAGGUGGGAAGAGUCCUCCUCAUCCUGAUCGAAUAAAAAAAAUCUGUGCUAUUUUUAAAGGUUUUCUUUCAGAAGCAACUGGAUUUUAUCAUGAUUUAAUGCUUAAAAUCAGAGCAAAAUAUGGCUUGCCUAUGGAUUGUUUUUCUGAGGCUCCUGAAUACCAAAUUACACUGUCAAAGGAUGAAAAGAAAUCUUUUGAAAUGAAGAAAGGGCUGAUCUCUUGUCACCGCUGUUUAAUAUAUUUGGGUGAUCUUGCUCGUUACAAGGGAUUGUAUGGAGAAGGGGACUCUGUCAGUCGAGAUUAUGCAGCAGCUUCUGGUUACUACAUGCAGGCUGCUUCUCUUUGGCCUUCAAGUGGCAAUCCACAUCAUCAGCUUGCACUACUUGCAUCAUAUUCUGUUGAUGAUUUGCUGGCACUCUAUUGGUAUUUUCGGAGCUUGGCAGCGAUUAGUCCUUUCUUAACGGCCAGGGACAAUUUGAUUAUUGCAUUUGAAAAGAACCGCCAAAAUUACUCCCAGCUUCCUGGUAAUUCCAGACUUUCUUCUGCUAGGGCGUUGCCUAGUCGAGUGACUGGGAAAGGAAGAGGACGAGGAGAUUUCAGGCCUUUGGCAAAGGAGACAAAAGUAGAACAUGCUCUUGCAAAAGAACUAGAACUUAGUACCCCAGAGGUUCUUAAAUCUUUUUCCACCCGAUUUGUUCGACUUAAUGGCAUCCUUUUCACAAGGACAAGCUUGGAAACUUUUGGAGAAGUAUUUGCUCUGGUCAUCAGGGAUCUUCUCGAGCUUCUUUCUUCUGGACCUGAGGAGCACCUAAAUUUUGGUCAAGAUGCUGCGGAAAAUGGACAGGUCAUCGUGAGGCUUAUUGCCAUUGUCAUAUUCUCAGUUCAUAAUGCAAAGAGAGAUUCUGAAGGCCAAUCAUAUGCUGAAAUUUUGCAGCGUAAAGUGUUGCUUGAAAAUGCAUUUACAGCUGCCUUUGAUUUUGUGGGACACAUAAUAAAAAGAUGCACAGAGUUGCUUGAUGCUGCAUCCAGUUAUCUUCUGCCAGCUAUUCUGGUUUUCAUGGAGUGGCUUGCAUGCCAUUUAGAUAUUGCAAAUGGCAUUGAUAUUGAAGAAAAACAGGCCACUGCAAGGUCAUUCUUUUGGAAUCAGUGUGUCUCACUGAUGAACAAACUAAUGCUGACUGGGCUUGUUGAUCGUGAUAAGGACAAAACCUGCUUUUUUGAAAUGAGCUGGUAUGAUGAUGGGGAAAGAGGUAACAGGCUUGCAUUAUGGGAGGACUUUGAGUUGAGAGGGUUUUCACCUUUAGCGCCAGCACAACUCAUUUUGGACUUUUCAAGGAAGUAUGCACUUGAAAAUGACGUGAGCAACAAGGAGAAAAGUGCUCGUGUAAAAAGGAUUCUUGCAGCAGGUCGGGCUCUUAUGAAUAUUGUUCGAAUUGGUCAGCAGGAAAUUUAUUAUGACUCAAAACAGAAUAAAUUUAUGAUAGGUACAAAGGCUGCUGCAUGUGAAGAUUUAGAUGUAUGUGGGUCAGAUGAUUUCCAAAUAAUAAGACCAGUUGGGAAUACAGGAAUGAUGCAAUCAAAUACAGCUAAUCUGCAAGCCAAACAAUCUUGGGGGAAGCUAUUUGUGGAUGGAGAAGAAGAAGAUGAAGUAAUUGUUUUCAAGCCUAUGGCUGCCGAAAAGGACACCAACAUGAGUGCUUCAGAGUCAACUGCUUUUGAAUAUAUUCAACCUGUACAAAGUUCCUUCAAAGGUGACCAGACAACUAAUGGUGGCUCGCUUUCUGCUGCUUUCAGUAAUAUUCAGAUGUCAGCUUCUCUAAAUGGCAUUUUGCAACCACCAAUAACUGUGUGUGGUGUUUCUCAGCCACCUGCUCAGCAUAUCACUCAAAGCACUUCAAGGUGGUCUAUGUAUCAUGAAUCAUCUGUUGGUGGGCUGAAGAGUUUGAAUUUUGCUAAAAAUGAAUUAUGCACCAAUCCAGAUCUGCUAAAUGGCCCGAGUAGUUCUGCUACAUUCUUUCCAUCACUUUCUGCAACUACCAAUCUCAGCACUAGCUCCAGCACUAUGUUAUCUGGUCAUAUAAGGGCUGGUGAAGCUGUUAUACCAGCAGAAGCUGAUUCCAUAGUGUCUUUAGGAGCAACUUCUAAUGGUCUGAAUAUGAAAGUCUCAGCAGCUCUGCCAGCUCCAAGGAAAAGCCCUGUAAGCCGGCCUGCUAGGCACUUUGGACCGCCACCUGGAUUUAGCAAGAACGCUGCUAAGCAACUGGAAGACUCCAAUACUAAAUUUAUUAUCAAGGAACGACAGCCUCAGAUGGAUGACUAUAGCUGGCUAGAUGGAUAUGAGACAUUAUCAACAACUGGCUUGGGGAUGGAAAAUUCCAUCAAUCGCGCUGCACAUAUGUAUCCACAAGUCACUGCUAGUAAUAGCAACAGUAGAACUGGUGAUAUUGGCUUUCCUUUUCCUGGAAAACAAACUCGUGCAGCUCAGACUGAGAUGACGUAUGAGAAGAAGUGGCAAGAUUUCCAGCUCUUUGAGCAUUUGAAGUUGCACGCAGAACAGCAGCUUCCCCAAGCAAGUCAGCAGUCUGCUCUGCUGCCAGAGCAGUAUCAAGCACAAUCUUUAUGGUCUAGCCGUUUCUUUGUGUAAUUCGAAAGGAUAAAUGGCUGUUGAGGAUUUGUCGCCGUGGGUUGCCUGUAGCUUGGAGCUUGUCGACUUUGGCUGCUGCUAUUGCCACUCUUCCAGUGGUUAGUGGAAGAAAGGUGGCCUUGGGAGUAUAGCGGGUGCUUGCUUCUGAAAUUGGUAAUCAUAAAAGCUCUAACAAUCUCCCAUAAUUAGUAAGAUUUCUUUUCCUGUAAUGCUGAUAUAUCAAAAUGUUAGUAAUUAAUAUGGUUACUUAUUAAGCACAAUAUGCUAAAGAGUAUGCAAGUUCUUUAUAGGCUGCAGAGCUCCUGCACUAAGAGCAUAUUAACCUGAUUUUCUUUACAUCAUCAAUUAUAUUGACUUGUCAGGAUAUUGAAUUAAUGUAAAAAGAAACAGAACCAAGAAGCAUGUGCCCUCCAUUCGCUAAAGUUGUUCCGAUCACCAAUUUUCAUGUUUCUUGUAAGAAACUACUAUCUCUAUAGACAAAAGAAAACAAACCAAGCACUUCACCAUCUUUUUUCUAUCUGUUUAUUGUGCCUUAUGUUAGGAAGUGCUCAUUGCUUUUAUUUUACUCUGAAGUUGCUGCUGGUCAUCCCUCCACAUCUCUGCACUGCAAUUCUUUUUUGUGACCCCCUACCUACUACACAUCUUGACCAUAUCAGACCUUGGGUGCUUAUUUGCAAUUCAAAAUUUAUGUUCGACAUCCUACAGUGGUGAACUGUUCUCAGCAAACAUAUUAGCAUUUUAAAUAUAUAGCAGAACAGUCUGUCUGUUGUCUUUGGGUGCUUUCUUUGAAUUUCUACUUGCAGGGUGGUGCAACUUGUUAAGUUGUUAACUUAUGAUUAAUUUGUUCAAGGGUAAAAACUUCAACUAUAUGCAAAUAUUGGUAAGACUUGAGUUUUAGACAAGUCUAAAAAAGCAAAGUAAAUGCACAAGCAAAUGAAAGGAUAGCUUUGGUAAAAUGUAGAAAUAUUAGAAUUGCAAUGUUGGUUGGAGCUAAACAAAGUAGUCCUCUUAUAUGAUAAUAUCAGGAAAGGACACUUUGUAUAAAAUUAAAGCUUUUUAGGAAUAUAAAAUGAUUAUCUGACUUCAUUCAGAUCCUGGAUGGAUGCAUUUAUGAUUUGUUAACGAUGUAGUCUCUUUUCUCUGCUUGGUUUGCUGUGGUAUGUACUAAUGUCGCUCAGUAGUUGGCCUCUAAUCAAGUUUGCAUCCUUCAUUGAGGAUAUCCAGUACCUUUCAUCAGCACAGCAUUUAAAUAGAAUAAUUACACUGUAAGUUUUAGGUUUAUAAUGCAAUAUUAGCAAUCUAUUUACUCAUACAUGCCUAUUAUUGAAUGGUAACCAUGAGAUUGUAAAAGAAUCAGAAAAAGAAUCUUGUAUAGAGAACAUGGUGAAUAUGGUAACCAUUGUAUAUUUUGAGACUAUUACUAAACAGCAAGAAUACACUCACAUGCAUUUUAGCCAUGGAAUGGUUGUUAUAAAUUGAAACCAGCCAUAGUUUCAAAUAUAGGAAUGAAAGAUUAUAAAAGAUAUUUUAGAUUUAUUAUAUGAAGAAGUAUUAAACUUCUACCAAGACCCAUAUUUAGAGGCUGAAGUCCAAUAAGAAGCAUUGAUUUUGUGGACAAGGAAGGCAUCAUGUCAUGGCAUCUUAACCAUGGUUUGAAACUACAUUGCAAACAGUUUUAGAUGACAAGAUAAUUUAGCUUAUUAUGAGGAAAUGUGGGUAUUAGUUGCAUCAAAACUAGAAUUGAGAGGGAUUUAUUAGCUCGGUUGUUGAUUGACUUUAAGUACUUGACAAGCGUAAUUUAUUUUUUAUUGUUUAUGUUGGGUCUUGUGCAAUAAUCAUGUGUGGGAGUCUAGGAAAGUAAUGGUGGAGUUGCAUGGAUGGAGUAAGAUGCAUGGAUCUGGUAGGUUGGUGGUGCGUUGAAGCAUUUUCAAAAGAAAAAAAAUCUUUCCUUUUUGUCCACGUGCAGAU